CGAGGAUCCCUAUCUAAGCAUCCUCAACUUCCGAACGACAGACAAAUCAGAUCAAGCCUCACCAGCUGAAAUGCUCAUGGGAAGAAAGCUGAGGACACUUCUUCCGUCUGCAAACAGGAUCAAAAGGAUCGUUAGCAGUCGAAUGAUCAAAGACAGGAAGGACAAACACGCAAAAUACUACAACAGUAACACCAAAGACCUAGCGACUUUGAAACCCCAGGAGUUCAUCAGGUACCGAGACAGUCGCAGCGGUACUUGGGAACCAGCUCAAGUAAAAAAGCAAGUAGAUAACAGGUCUUACAUCAUCCGUACAAAGAGAGGUUUGCUUCGCAGAAACAGACAGCACCUCUUGCAGUCAGGAGAGCCUCAUCAUGACCUCCAACCAGACCAGUGCGAGGGUGGUUCAUACAGAAGCAAUGUCCACAAUAAUGUCCCCGCACCCAUCAUACGUGGUCAAGCUGGACCUCAAGCGUCCAGACCACUGGUCGAGUUCCCAAACUCACCACGAAAUGAUCAUGAAGUGUACGAACACACUCCUGAUCGUGGAGGCACCCCGCCUUCACCGGAACACUCCGACACACACAACGUUCCACAUUAUAUCACUAGAAGUGGUCGCACAGUGAGGAAACCAAACAAAUAUACGUUGUAGGCAAAGUCAUUAAAAAUGUUAUUCACUGUUGACCACAACACUCAUGCAAAAUACACUAUGCAUAUUUUACACUAAAGUAAAAGCUCAGAGCUGACCAGUUUAAUACUUGUGUUAAAACUAGCUCACCACUGGAUACAUUUAUGUGUGUGAUCAAGUCAUGAUGUCAUCAAGGACUAUCGUUCUCAAGGUUGAUGUUCAACAUCCGUUACAAAAGGCAAACGUAACUUUUAAAAGAGGGGGGAUGUCAUGUGUGUACAUCAAUAGCUUGGACUUAACUGACCAGCUAUGUUAUAACGGCUCAAGGCCGUAACGUGACCUUUUUGGUAAUAAAGGACAACUUCCGUUACUACUCAUUCUCA